AAUUAUUUCAUUUUCUUCUUCAAACUUCUCUCUCUUUUGCAAAAAUAACAAACCAAUCAUGUCAGCUCUCAACAAUUUUGCUACUACCAAUAUCCUCUCUUUUCCCUCAAACUCUCUUCAAGAACCAAGAAUAACUCAAACUUUCUCAAUCAACUUUUCUCCACCCUUGACUAUUCAAAAUUCACUAAAAACCCCAUCAAGAAUUAGUCUUGUUUGUCCAAUAAAUGCUGUCACAGAAGAUAGGGAAGCAGAGACCAGUCAAGAAAAUGAAAAGAAAGAUACAGAUGGAACUGAAUUUGAUGAAACCAAGAAUAGUUUAUUGUCCAUUUUGUUGGAUAAAGAUAGAUUCUUUAAUGCUUCAAUUGUACUUGGUGCUGGUACACUUGCUAUCACAAGGUUACUCACCAUAGAUCAUGAAUAUUGGCAUGGGUGGACCCUUUACGAGAUACUGAGAUAUGCCCCGGAGCACAACUGGACUGCAUAUGAAGAAGCGCUGAAAGCAAAUCCUGUUUUAGCUAAAAUGGCAAUUAGUGGUAUUGUCUACGCUCUAGGAGACUGGAUCGCUCAAUGCUAUGAAGGGAAGCCUCUUCUUGAAUUUGAUCGAACUCGGAUGUUUAGAUCUGGUCUUGUUGGAUUUUCACUUCAUGGUUCCCUUUCCCACUACUAUUACCAAUUUUGUGAGGCUCUUUUCCCUUCCAAUGAUUGGUGGGUAGUUCCUGCUAAAGUUGCUUUUGACCAAACCAUUUGGGCAGCAAUUUGGAAUAGCACCUAUUUUGUGGUCCUUGGGUUCUUGCGUCUUGAAUCUGCAGCCAAUAUUUUCGGCGAGCUCAAAACCACGUUUUGGCCCAUGUUAACAGCAGGGUGGAAACUUUGGCCAUUUGCUCACCUAAUAACUUACGGCGUUAUUCCUCUCGAGCAAAGACUCCUUUGGGUUGACUGCGUCGAACUGGUUUGGGUUACUAUUCUCUCAACUUUUUCAAAUGAGAAAUCAGAGGCACGAAUGUCUGAAGAAUUACCGGAAGCUAAAUUUGAUUCAUCAUCGAGUAAAUUGCCUGAGGAUUAA